AUGAGUUGCGUCCGGCAGCUCAUCGACCUGUGGGAGGACUUCCCGAACAUCCACAGGUCGCACACUUUCACUUUCCGUGUGGAGGUCCCACCGCCUCGGGAUGAGAAGUCCGACCGGCAAUCGCCAAAGACUCUGGAAAGGAGUCAGACACAUGAACUUGGCGGCACCACGUCCAACGGUCAGAACUUGCCGGACAUCCACGGCAAGGGGCCGACCUCCACGACAGCCAGGGAGGAGUCGCCCGAGCCGGAUGAGCUUUCGACGGCCAUCGCCCAUCCCCUCUUCGAGGGCACUUCGCAGGAGUUCAUGAAGCCCUUCGACGUCCAGACUGUCGGUCAGUGUGAAGUCAAGACGGAAUAUGCUUGCGACAUCUUGGAAAGCAGCCUUACGAGACCCAGGUCUCGGGUCCUGCUGGUCCAGGGCCGUGCGCCGGAGAUACUGCCUGGCAUGCUCCUGACACCAAUCAUGUCUUCGAAGUCCGGUACAACAACAUCCCACUGGGACCUGAUGCAGAGGCCUACGUGCUUCCUUGCACGGCAGUUCAGGCAGAUUUCUUGGAUGACUGCCGAGCCAACAGAGCCCGCUGGAUUCGAGCAAGUCGUGCUGAGCACAACGGCGGUCAGUCCGUUGACGGUCCGCUUGUGUCGAUCUCUGGAAGUUCUCUUCACAAGGUACUCCGCUGACUUCGGGAAGAUGAAAGACACGGCCUGCAAGGCCGCCACGGGCUUCUGCAGAGCCUGGCUCACAAGCCCAGGAUACUAUGCCAAAGCCUAUGUGAACCUCUUCGUGAACUUGACGGACGAGUUCAGAUAUGCCCUUCUCGCUCCUUCGAAAAUCCAACUGAUUAAGGCAGAAGCCGAAAUCUGCAAAGAGGGCGACGUGGGAGAUUCAUGCUUCUUUGUCUUUGCCGGCGAGGCUGGCAUUUACUGCAGGCAUGCCUUUGCUGGCCGCUUGUCGCAACUCCCGGGAACCAAAGCCUGGGAGUCGUGGCGGGGUGAGCUGGAAGUUGGUGGCAGCUGUUUGAAUCGCGUCGCUUCGGUUACGGCCUACACAGAUUGUGGUAUAUGGGAACCUUCGGCCAAAGCCAUUCGAGACUUGCGGCUGCUCUUCCCGUAUGAGUGCAGCUUCUUCGACAAAGUUGCGAUGAAUCACCUGCAGUUGCUGUUUCUCCUCACGGAUCGAGUCAGUGAAAUCAACACUAUCGAAAACUGCAGUGCCGAGUUUUGCAGAGUGAUACGUGGCCUCAUGGUGCAGAAGGUGCACUGCCGACGUGAGGUAGUCAUGCAAGAGAGCAACGCGGGGAACGAGAUGUAUGUGCUCUGCGUCGGCAAGUGCAGCGUCUUUCGUGGCUACAACUCGGAGCUUUCGAGCCACCUGCAUCCUGGUAGUUGCUUUGGCGGGCUGGCCGUUCUAAACAGCACCAGACGUCGCACGGCAACCAUCAAGGCCCAAGCAACGCCGAACCACUGUGCGGACUGCAUCUGCGACCUCCGGGCUUUGACGCGGCCGGCGCUGCUCGAGGCGCUGGCACAGUACCCGGGAGACAAGGACCGCGUGAGGGAGGUCAUCGAAGCGCACAGCCAGAGCAGGCAAGCUACGGCAUCGGCACUGCGGCGUGCGGGUGCCAGUGAUGGUAGUAUCAGCUGCCAGUUUCUGCAGAUCCUUCUGGACAACAUGCACGAGCAGGCCUUUCUAGCGGAGCAGACGAGUUUGCAAGAGGGCAAGGAGAGUUUUCUCACCGUCCUGCUUCAUGGAAUGGUCGAAGUGGAGGUCCGCGGCGUUCAUAUUGCCAACAUUGUGGCGCCGGCUAUCUUCGGCGAGCGUGGGAUCGUGGAGCCCGGGACGCCCUCUGCAGCCACGGUGCGGAGCUGCGCGGAGUCGGAGUGUAUGGUCCUGCCCGCCUCCAGCGCUGCGGUGCCCAUCCUCCAGGCUCGGCUUCCGGAGGACACAGGAGAAUCUGCCACACAGGAGGGAGUGCGAGCUGUUGGACAGGCAUCGGCUACUGAAGCGGAGGAAGACACCCGGGCCGUGGGAGAUUCCACGGUGAACCAUGCUGAGGCCAACAAAGCAGAAGAGGACGUCAAGGCAGCAAGUGCCGCGCUGGCACAACCUGCCGAGGUUUGUCGCAUGGUGGCAUGGAGGCACCGUCUCUCCACUUCGACUACGAGGACGCAGCACAGAGUGGGCGGGCCUCUUCGUCUAGCUGCACGAGACCGCGCUGGGCAGACCUGUACGACGAAGCGCCAAUCUCGCAAGAGGUCAUUGACCGAUUCCUGCGCUGGCUCAAUGGCCCUGAAAGGCAUUGCCGAAAAGAUCCCCUGCCGGGCGCAGCAAACUCCCGAGCUGGGCCGCCUCGUCGUCGAGGUGAGGCAGCGCGGAGAGAAAGGAGGAAUGAAUCGCCAGCAGCGGCCGGAGGAGAUCUGCGCGCAAGGCCAGAGCGACGCGAGCUUUCCCGGGACCGCCAGGACAAACGAGAUGGCCGAGCUGGUCGCAGACAGAACGAUCGUAGUCGUCGCUUUGCUUAAGCAAAGUAUCCGAGGCAACAUGCACGAGGGGAAGAAGGCCAACGCGUGGUGGCCAGAUUCGGCUUGGGAGUCGUGGCAGGUGUGUGCCGGUGGCCGUGAACGCUUCAUGCAGGUGAAGUCCACAAAGUACAAAGUGAAGAGCUUCAAAGUUGAUCUCACCCUGUUCUCGAGCUUCUGGGUUGAGGUGAUGGAAUAUGGGCCGAUGCCCACUCUGCUCAGCGAGGAUCAGGACGGGACGCAGACUUCAGCAGUGGCCCUGUUAAGCGCAAAGCUUUUGGCAGUCAUUGUCAUUGUGUGUUUCCAGUUGCAGAAGUUCGCAGAAAGGAGUGUCAUCAGCGAUUUGCUUCGAGCAAGGAGGCUGCAGAAGUCGCGGAAAGAAGGCCUCCCGGACCCUGCGGGGCCGAUGCCCACUCUGCUCAGCGAGGAUCAGGACGGGACGCAGACUUCAGCAGUGGCCCUGUUAAGCGCAAAGCUUUUGGCAGUCAUUGUCAUUGUGUGUUUCCAGUUGCAGAAGUUCGCAGAAAGGAGUGUCAUCAGCGAUUUGCUUCGAGCAAGGAGGCUACAGAAGUCGCGGAAAGAAGGCCUCCCGGACCCUGCGGGGCCGAUGCCCACUCUGCUCAGCGAGGAUCAGGACGGGACGCAGACUUCAGCAGUGGCCCUGUUAAGCGCAAAGCUUUUGGCAGUCAUUGUCAUUGUGUGUUUCCAGUUGCAGAAGUUCGCAGAAAGUGUCGUGACCAGAUCCGACAUGCACACGAGGAGCCGGGAGAGGUUGCCUUUGUCGGCUCCUACGCGGAAGCUCAUGAGACUCGAGCGCUUUGUUCCGCUUAUUCACGAGGCUUUGCAAAGACGGUGGAUUCGGGUUGUCCUGCUAAUCGUCGCGCGAUUCAGCCACGUCGUGUGUGAUGGUUUCGCUGCAGCUUUAUCGGCUGAUUGCUGCACUGCGUGGCUUCUGUCCGAAGCUUUGGCCAUGGCUCAAGCUGACGCCAUUGGUGCUGCUGUGGAUGAAGUCUCCGAGUCGUCAGACAGGGAGGAACAUGCGCAGGCAGCUCGGGAGGAGGCCCGGCGGCAGAACUACAUGCAGUCCCUGACAAGAUGGGUGUCUGGCAUGAAUGUUGUGCGCCCCGAACUGGUUCGUGCCAUCUUUGCCUACCAGGCCCUCUACUCCCUGGGUGACGCGCUGCGCGGUGGCGAGGAUGCACGCAGACUUCGAAGACUGCACAGAAAGAGUCACGCCACCAAAGCCAUCGAUGAGUUCUGGUCACACUCCUGGCAGCUCAAGCCUUAUCGCAAAAUCCUAUGCUUGCUGUUUCUGAAAAACGGCCUGGCUGCCAGCAUCAUCGGUACGCUGGCUGCUGUCCUGACUUUCGGUCUCACACGCAACGGUUAUCUCUUGGAAUAUCGCCCAGUAUGGGAGAUCCCCUAUUUCUGCAUGGCAGCCGGAACAUUUUCCUCGGUGCUGACGCUCUUUCUGUGGCCGUCUCGUGUCAAAGUUUUUCUGGACAUCUGCUGCAUCGAUCAGGUGGAUGAAAAGAACAAGGCGGAAGGCAUUGUGAGUUUGGGCGGCAUCCUCAAGCAGUCUAAGACCUUGCUGGUCCUGUGGGAUCAUACCUACAUUGAUCGUCUCUGGUGUGUUUUUGAAAUUGCUGCCUUUCUGCAUCGAAGUGGCAAGCCGCGUGCGGUGAUACGGCCCACGCUCUUGGGACCUGCCGCGGUGGUGGCGUGGGCAGCGAUCCCAAUUAUCGGCGGUCUGUGGACUGUUUUCUUUCUUCGACUGGCCGAAGAAAUCCCUCAAGUGGCAUGA